CUCGAGGACGGUCACUGGCCUCCAGUCGUGCCAGAGAUCCACAACGAGCAGCUCAAGCAGCAGGCUUUUACUCACCGCUCUUUUGCCACUGCUUCUGCGCCAGCACAAGCAACCAAAUCCAUGCUGACAAACAUUCACAAUGAAAGGCUCGAAUUUCUCGGUGACUCGUACCUCAACUAUGCCAUGACGCGACUCUUGUACGUCAAAAUGCCAACAGCACGCGAGGGCGAGCUAUCGCUUCUUCGAGCUGAACUUAUUGGUAACGAAACUGCGGCUGAACUCGGCAAAAUGUAUGGGUUCGAUCAAGCGUUGUUGUUGAACGAGACUGCAGAACGCGAUGGUGUGCGUCGUGGCACCAAAGUCAUUGCAGAUACCUUCGAGGCCUUCUUGGGAGCAGUGACACUCGAUGGCGCUGACGGUCCUGCGCGCGCAGAUCGAUGGCUUCGGCUGUUGAUGGGUCCUCGGAUUGCCAAGCACAUUCAGGAAAAUGAUAUUGAGCUCGUCAACCCGCUUGCAAAGCAAAAAAUCUACAACUACUUCUCGAAGAAACACCCGCUUGUCGUUGGUCCCGAUGGAACACGGAAGACACCAGUGACCGUCCUGUACGAAUGGGUGGAUGGAAAGGGAGGGAAUGAGGGUGGAUAUGUCAUUGCUUGCAAGGAUGAAGCGAAAGAGAUUGGUCGCGGCUGGGGUCCAAACAAGAAGGAAGCAGAGCAUCGCGCGGCAAUGAAUGCUGUGCGCAUGUUA